GUGGCCUUUGAAUUUUCCCACGCGGAGGUUUCCCCGGUUGGAAAGGCUUUUCCACGCCUGGAAGGGAAAACAGGGACGUGGGAGGGGAUCCGGGUGCGGGAGGAGAGGCUCCUGCCUGGAGGUUGCCUGGCAGGCAGAUAUUCCCCUGGGGAAGCUCUUGGGACUGGGGAAGGGAUGCGGGAGGCAACUCUCUGUCAAAUUCUGUGCCUUGGGUGAGGUCGCCCUGUGCCAGGGUUGGCUGAAACCAUAUAGAAUAGAAUAGAAUUUUUUAUUGGCCCAGUGUGAUUGGACACACAAAGAAUUUGUCUUGGUGCAUAUUUAUUUAUUUAUUUAUUUAUUUUGUCACAACAAUAUAUGUAGGUAUCAUAAAAAAAGAUUAUAUAGCAUAUAAACACAUAUAUGAGUAAAUAUUAGGAGGUAUAAGCAUAUAUAUAUAUAUAUAGGAAGAAGAAAAGAAAAACAAUAGGACAGGAACGGUAGGCACGUUUGUGCGCUUAUGCACGCCCCUUAUGGUCCUCUUAGGAAUGGGGUGAGGUCAAUAGUAGAAAGUUUUUGGUUAAAGCUUUUAGGAUUAUGAGAAGAGACCACAGAGUCAGGUUAAGUAUUCCAAGCACUGAUGAUUCUGUUACAGAAGUCAUAUUUUCUGCAAUCUAGAUUAAUGCGGUUGACAUUUAGUUUAAAUCUAUUAGUUGCUCUAGUAUUAUUGCAAUUAAAGCUGAAGUAGUCUUUUAACAGGAAGGACAUUACAAUAGAUGAUUCUGUGAGUUAAACUUAGGUCUUGUUGGAGGCGACGGAGUUCCAAGCUUUCUAAGUGUAGAUAAAAGAAAAGAUACCUUCAUCAAGGUACAACAUUUACAACACAAUUGAUGGUCAAUAUAUCAAUAUAAAUCAUAAGGAUUGCCAGCAACAAAGUUACAGUCAUAAGUGGAAAGAGAUUGGUGAUGGGAACGAUGAGAAGAUAAAUAGUAGUGCAGAUUUAGUAAAUAGUUUGACAGUGUUGAGGGAAUUAUUUGUUUAGCAGAGUGAUGGUAUUGAGGAAAAAACAGUUCUUGUGUCUAGUUGUGUCUGGUGUGCAACAUAUUGAGCUGAAUAGUCACAAAAGUGUUCACCCAGUGUGCUGAGCCAUCAACCAUGGUUUUAAUCAAGCCUGGUUGAACCAAAACAAGCCACCUGAUGGCUGAGCUCACUUGUGUGAACCCAACAUGCCAAGCCAUUAAAACCAUGCUUUUUAAGCCAUGGUUUAUGGCUUAGGAUGUUGGGUUCACACAAAAGAGCUCAGCCAUCAGGUGGCUUGUUUUGCUUCAGAGUUGAGCAGGCUGGGACUUGAGGUGUGUCCGGUGCCACCUCAAACUCCCAACCGAAGCAGUAAAAGGGAUGUUGUGUUGGAAAAAUUAUCCUAAAAAAAAAAAAAGGCAUAGCGGUGAUAAAUUGUAAAAAUAAAAGAACGUUUAAUGGCGUGCAGGAACAGUAAGAUGUCAUCUUGCUGAGGCUGAGUCCUCUCUAAAAUAUUAUAAAGUAGCAUUUCAGCUAUUUUUUUUUAAGAAGCUCUGUUAUGAAAAGCAUCUGCACUGGUUCUCCUGCUUACUUAGGUGUUUUCUGUCAUAAAAUACUGCAAAUAGACAACAAGCUAAAUAGAACGGUUGAAACUUAAAAUGUGUUUUAUUUCUUGGGAGACAAGCUGUUUAUUGAAUUUAAAAUUUUAGAAACGUGCACCUGACAUUAUCAGUGAUUUGGUUGUAUGUAAUGCAUUUCUUAGGUUUAUUUUGUCUGUGUAUGUUUGUGUCUGUAUAUGUAUGAGUGUGCGCAUGUAUGUAUAUGUAUAUAUACAUAUACACAUACAUACAUAUUUGUUUUCGUAGGUUUUCACAGGUAUAGGUAUGUAGGUCUUGGCGUAUUCGGGUCUUUUCUCAUGUAAGGUUGAGAGUAUCUUGACGACAUUUCAACGAGGUCUCACUCGUCAUCUUCAGGCUGGUGCUUACGGCUUCUUGCUUGUGCGAGCAAAGCGUGGUCGGAGCUGCCGUCUCUCUAUAAAUACUGGUGGGGAGGUGGGGAGUGUUGGUUUUGUUGCUGUCCUGGUCAAUAGGAAGGUGUAUAUGUAUACAUACAUAUAGGUCUUUGGUUAUUCGGGUUUUCUCCCACGUAAAAUUGGAAGUGUCUUGGCGACGUUUCGACGAAGUCUCAUUCGUCAUCUUCAGGCUUCAGCUUCGUGCUUCUAGGAGCAAUGUGUGAUCGCAGCUGUUUCUUCCUUUUAACUGCUAGUGGGGGGUUGAACUGAUUGGGUGGGAGCUUGGCAGUGCUCUGAUUGGAUGGGGUUUUUUGUGUGUGCUCUGAUUGGCUGGAGGUGUCUCCUGUUUGGGACACACCACCUUACAUACAUAUACAUAUAUAUUAGUAUAGAGUAGUGGUUAAGAUUAAGGGACUGUUGUGGAAACCCAGAUUUUAGUUCUCUCUUUGCAUGGAAGCUGAUGACUUUGCCAGCCCCUCUCAGCUCUAGACUGAGAAAUCAAAGUCAGAUUGAUAGAAUGAGACAUGAGAAGUAGGGAGAAAUUAAAUUACUAAUCUCUCUGCAUGGAGAAAGUCAACAGAUCUUAAAGUAAAUGUAAUUACAGUUCGAUUCAGGAAGGGCCGUCCUUUGAUUGGGAGCUUCCUAGUUUGAUAUCAGGUAGAAUUGUUUAUUGGCCAAGUGUGAUUGGACACACAAGGAAUUUGUCUUCGGUGCAUAAGCUCUCAGUGUACAUCAAAAGACAAGAGACAUUUGUCAAGAAUCAUAAGGUAUAACACUUAGUGAUAGUCACAGGGCAAAAUAAAUAGAAUAGAUAUAAGUGAUAAACCAUAAAAGGUAUAAGUGAUAAACAUAUAGGUGGGCACCUAUUUAAAUGUUUUAAAUCAAUAAAUCCAUCUCCAUCUACACCAUGUGAUUAGAGAGGAUUCUAACAUUUUCACAUUCUUUUCUUUUUGUUGUCCCAAAAUUUUAUUAGUGCAUCAAGAUAUAAUAUAAAUGCAAAAUGCAAAAGAAAAUAAUGGGGAAAUAGGGGAGGAAAAGGGGAAGAGAAAAAUGUAGGGUAAGAGUGAAAAACAAAGAAAUAAACAGUGUUGACUUUCAACUCCUUUUGGUGCAGUAGAAUAAGAUAACAGCAUGAAACCUCAACGUUUUACUUUUAUAUGAUAAUAUAAACUAGCCACUUCUAUAGCAACAAACGUUAUCUAAUCCACAAAACCCGAAAUCAAACUUUCAUUUUUUUUCCUGUCUCAAGAACGAAGUCCAAAAGCCGUUUCCAUGUAGAAACAAAAGCAGUUGUGUUCUUUAAUCAGAGCAAUCAGUUUAGCCAUCUCUGCUAAUGGGCCUCUGGUGGCUCAGCAGACUAAGUCUGUCUGUUAUUAACACAGCUGCUUGCAAUUACUGCAAGUUCAAGUCCCACCAGGCCCAAGGUUGACUCAGCCUUCCACCCUUUAUAAGCCAUUCAUCCAUUGUGAAUAGCCUCCUCUUUAAGAGCGCUGCAGCUCCAGCCCUCUGGACAUCACGGAGGUACGAAAAUGGCCCAUCUCCCGCCAGACCUUUGCAAAGAGACCCCUUUGAGCGACAGCGGCCUCUGGGCCAGUGACAGGAGCAUCAGGCAGCGAGUGAAAGAAGAGAUCCGGGGGGAAGGGAUAGCUGGCUUAGAAACCCAACGCCUGCACUUCAGGCAAUUUGGCUACCAGGAGGCCGAGGGGCCACGAGAGGUGUGCAACCAUCUCUGGGAACUUUGCAACCUGUGGCUGAAACCCGAAAGGCACACCAAAGAACAGAUGCUCGAACUGGUGGUCCUGGAGCAAUUCCUGAAUGUCUUGCCUUCACGAAUCCAGAACUGGCUCCGAGAUGUUGAGCCAGAGAAUUGCACCCAGGCGGUGGCCUUGGCAGAAGAUUUCCUGCUGAGGCAGCAAGAGGAGGAGACUCAGAAAGAGCCAAGGCUGAGACCCCUUAAAGAAGAGGUGAUCUGUUUUCAGGUGGCUGAGGAAGCAUCGUCUGAUUCCUGGCAGAAGGUCAUUUUAGGUGAAAUCAAACAGGAGGAAGAAGAGGAGGAUGGCGGAUCUCUGGGCGAUGUGCAAGCGUCUGAGGAGGCCUCGGAGAAUUCUUCAGAACCUGGAUCACAGUGGAUUCCCUGCGGAAGAGCUGAUCAACAUAAGUCCUGUACAUCAGAACUGGGGGAGGCCUCUGAAAGCCAGCCAGGAGGCUGCAUGGAAAAGAGACACGACGGCCUUAUUUGCACCGCCCCAAAUUUCCAGCAGGCCAGAGGAGUCGGAGUUGGAGUCCAGCCCAGGAUCCAAGACGAGCGGUUGAAAAAGUGCCUGGAAUGUGGCAAGGGCUUCGUUUGGCGGUCCGAGCUGAUCGAGCACCAGCGGUCGCACACGGGCGAGAGGCCGUACUCCUGCUCGUACUGCGGGAAGAGCUUCAGCCGCAAAUCCUACAUUAUAAAGCACAAACGGAUCCACACAGGAGAGAAGCCCUACAUGUGUCCCCACUGCGGCAAGGGCUUCAUUUCUAAAUCGGACCUCAUCAAGCACGAACGGACCCACACGGGCGAGAAACCGUACAUCUGCGCCGACUGCGGGCGCAGCUUCAGCAGGAAGCAGUUCCUGGUGACCCAUCGGAGGACCCACACGGGGGAGAAGCCGUACAAGUGCGCCGAGUGCGGCAAGAGCUUCAGCCAGCGGACGUGUCUGGUCAUCCACGAGAGAGCCCACACCGGGGAGAAGCCGUUUCAGUGCCUGGUGUGCGGGAAGAGCUUUGGGAGAAGGGAUAUUCUUGUGACGCACCAGAAACUCCAUGCCCGAGAAAAGGCUUUGCAGUGCGCUGAGUGGCUGUGAAACGGGAACUUCACCGAGUACAGGACACGAGGGCUUCCUGUCUGCAACGCAUCUGAGGAGGGAUUAAAAGUGGAGGAUGAAG